AUGCCCGUCACCGAGAUCCUUCUAUUGCGCCAUGGCCAUCGCCUGGCAUGGACGUUGAAUCCUAACACUGGCAGAUAUUCUUCAAGCCAUCGUUUCCCGACAGACUUGCCAGCAGACCCUCCCUUGGCUUCACAUGGCGUCCGGCAGGCACAAGAGACUGGAAGAUAUCUUGGCGAAUUGUUGGGCGACCUUGUGAAACAAGAUCGUGUUAGAAUUUACUCCAGCCUUUUCUACAGAUGUCUGGAGACUUUGAGACCAAUUGUCGAGACAUUCAUCGAGCUCGCUCCGUCAAAUUCAGUUGCAAGAAAAAAUCUGCAGGUUCGAGGGGAGAGGGGAAUUGGAGAAUGGUUCGGUCGUGCCUGGUUCGCUCAACCCAAACCAGCGGAGCCGGCCAGACUGCGGAGAGAGUUCUUCCCCUGGCUGGACGAUGAAUAUGAAUCGAAAGUGGUACCGCCUGAGAAUGGAGAGAGGAUUGAUCCCCUGCACGACCGAGUGGCACGAGCACUGGCUCAGGUGAUACAAGAUGUGGACGAGGAAUACAUUCAGGCUGGGCGGGGUGAUGAAGAAGUAACUAUACUCCUCUGCGGUCACGCCGCACAGAUAAUUGCCAGCGGCCGAGCAUUAACUGGUCAGAUGCCUGAUGAUCAUGACGAAGACGAUUUCAAGUGUUUUACAUGUGGACUCAGCAAAUUUGUUCGCCGCCAGAUCCCACCGCGUGCGGAGGCAUAUUAUGAUGACGACUGGAGGAACUGCGGAGGUGUUGCUGGUGGUUGGGACUGCAUUCUCAAUAGCGACUGUAGUCAUCUAUCACAAGGGGAAGAGAGGGGAUGGCAUUUUCAUGGAGACGAGAGCUUCGAUUCUUACGAGCCCGUGCCCGGGAUGGACGGAGGCGUUCAUUCCAUUCCGAAAUUGUGA